CAGUACAGGUCUGAACUCCACAGAGCAACUACCACUACUGCAAAAUUACUAUUUCUGGGCGCCAAAACCGACAUAAAAAAAAGUCUGAAUAAUAAACAGUAAACAAAACAAUAAUACAAGAGAAAGAGACAGAAAUAUGAGUAAGUGAACUGUAAAAGUGUAAUAAUAAACUCAAAAAUAUGAGUUAGGUUUAAAGAAGACAUAGAAAAAUGGAGAGAGAGGAGGAUUAUCGGAGGAAACAACGCUUAGUAUUGGUAGCUAUUGUAGUGAUUGCUUCACUUGCUGUUACUUCUCUGCUGGUUGCCUUUAGUUAUUACUGCUAUAUUCGUAAUAAGCUCUCUAAACGCUUCAAUAAUACCCUCACAGUCACAGGUAAAUGUGAGGGGAAAAGCAGCUUUGAGAAUCUACAAGUUGUUAGUGAGAAAGGGCUUCAAGUGUUCGCAUUUAAGCAGCUGCAUUCAGCUACUGGUGGUUUCAGCAAGUCCAAUGUGGUUGGCCAUGGCGGGUUUGGAUCAGUAUACCGUGGAGUGCUCAGCGAUGGGAGGAAAGUUGCGGUUAAAUUGAUGGAUCAAGCAGGGAAGCAAGGGGAAGAGGAAUUUAAAGUGGAGGUGGAAUUGUUGAGCCGCCUACGUUCCCCAUAUUUGUUGGCAUUGAUUGGGUAUUGUUCAGAUAACAAUCAUAAAUUACUGGUGUAUGACUUCAUGGCAAAUGGAGGACUACAAGAACAUUUGUAUCCCACAAGUAGUCAUAGGGCUAUGCACCCGAGAUUGGACUGGGAAACACGGCUGAGAAUCGCCCUCGAAGCUGCUAAGGGUUUGGAAUAUCUGCAUGAACAUGUGAGUCCUCCAGUGAUUCACAGAGAUUUCAAGAGCAGCAACAUCCUUUUGGACAAAAAUUUCCAUGCCAAAGUAUCUGAUUUUGGAUUAGCCAAGCUUGGACCCGAAAAGGCUGGUGGACAUGUCUCCACUCGAAUACUAGGAACCCAGGGAUAUGUGGCCCCUGAGUAUGCAUUAACCGGGCAUCUAACAACAAAAUCAGAUGUCUACAGUUACGGCGUUGUUCUUCUGGAGUUGCUUACUGGCAGAGUCCCAGUCGAUAUGAAGAGACCUCCAGGGGAAGGUGUUCUGGUGUCCUGGGUGCUGCCCCGAUUGACAGAUAGGGAGAAGGUAGUGCAAAUUAUGGAUCCGGCAUUGGAGGGUCAAUACUCAGUGAAAGAAGUUAUUCAGGUGGCAGCAAUUGCAGCAAUGUGUGUACAGCCUGAGGCAGAUUACAGACCACUAAUGGCUGACGUUGUGCAGUCAUUAGUCCCAUUGGUCAAAACUCAGCGCUCGACUUCAAAGGUCGGAAGUUACUCUAGCUUCAAUACACUAAGGUCUCCUGGGUCUCAAGACUCUGGCAAAGCAAGUGCUUAAAACUGAUCAAACCAUGUUAAUCAUCUGCUUGUACUUAAGUAACUAGUUUAGAUUUUAGCCGCAUCUUGGUUGGAACAUGUCUCUUCGAAAAUUUAUCAAAUUUUAUAUAUUAGUAUUUCCUAUUCA